GGCUCAGAACCAUACACUCCUACUGCUGCUGACGAACGCGCCGUGACAACGCUUGACGCACCUGUGAGCGAGAGGUCUUACUGAAGGUCACUGUCGCUGUCUGCCCGGUUCACUUCCAAGCGAUAACUUGCAAACGACACACACAGCCCUCAUUUAACCUACAUAGAGGCCAAUCUAAGGGUCAAGGAUACCAAAUUUCGGCUGCGGGCCCACCUGUAGGCUGUCCUUAGCUAAAUUGACGACGUUUGUGGACUGGCAUAAUGGUCAGGCUACUGGCUCACUAACACAACGCUCAUGAGGGCGGAUGGCGCGUUUCAGCUGAGGAGUCACACCACAUGGCCAGUGGUCCACCCGUCGAGGGCAACCGAACGCUGGUGAUCACCUCUCAGCGCGGCCAGGUAUAUCCGUUCGAGGCGGCCGCGAAGCUAGAGGCGUAUCAAACAGGCGCGAAGCCGGCGCCGCAGCAGCUCCAUGCCCUGCACGCCCAGCACCACAACGGCCAUGCCGCUCCAACAAAGGGGUCCAGCUUCGCGUCUCCCUACUUCGGCAGUAAUAGCUUCACAAGCAAAAAGCAGCAGAAGAGCGGCCGGGCUGGUGGCGGGCAGCCGCCACGCGCCUCGCGUGCGGGCAAGUGGGAUGAAGUCAAGCUGUGGCAGCUCGGUUACCGACAGGAGCUGCAACGCAAGUUCUCCAUGUUGAAUAAUCUUGCCAUCGGGACCAGCGUACUGUCAUUCUUCGCAAUCAAUGACACGUACGGCACACAGGGCAUGGCGUACGGCGGCCCUGUGAGCGCGGUGUGGGGCUGGCUCAUCUGCAGCGCCUUCAGCCUGUGCGUGGCGCUGUGCCUGGCGGAGCUGCUCAGUGCGCUGCCCACCAGCGGCGGCAUCUACUACUGGUCGUUCAGCCUGGCACCGCGGCGCCAUCGGACGCUGGUGUGCUGGAUGGCUGGCUGGCUCAACUUGCUAGGCCAGGUCGCCUUCACCGCCGGGCUGGAGUACACACUGGCACAGGGCGUGGCGACGGCUGUGUUCAUGCAGACCCACGGGGCGGCCGGCGCCGCCAACUCGGACGGCGUGCGCCUCAGCCGCACCGCAAUCCUGGGCGUGCUGGCUGCCAUGCUGCUGACCCACGCCGCCCUCAACUCGCUGUCGAUCCACCUGACAUCCUUCCUCGCCACAACCUCAUUCUUCUGGCACGUCAUUGCGACACUGGCGCUGUGUAUCUCCAUGAUGCUGAUCGCGCCAAAACUCAACUCGCCGGACUUUGUGUUCACAAUGUGGACGCCCAACAGCCAGGUCCAUGGCAUCACCAGCCCCGCCUAUAUCUUCCUCUUGGGGCUGCUCAUGAGCCAGUGGACAAUCAUGGGGUACGACGCCGCCAUUCACGUGGUGGAGGAGACCAUAGACGCAGAGAACGCGGGCGCCCGCGCGCUCGUGGGCAGCGUGGUGGUGACCAGCGGCGUGGGCUUCUGCCUCAUCAUCUGCCUCACCUUCGCCUUGCAGAACGAGGCCAACCUGCUCAACCCGCACAACGCCACGGGCGGGCAGAGCGCCAUGAUACAGCUGCUGUGGGACGUGUUUGCGGCGCGGUACGGCACAGGGUACGGCGCCGUGGGGCUGUCGUACGUGAGCCUGGUGGGUUUGUUCUUCGCCGCCUACGCCUCGCUGUGCGCCAACGCGCGAAUGCUUUAUGCCUUCUCCCGGGACGGCGCCAUGCCAGGCGCGCGGCUGUGGCGGCGCCUGGCCCCCGCCAGCCGGCUGCCGGUGUCCGCCACGUGGCUCAUGGCGCUGCUGGCGGCGCUGCUGGCGGUGCCGUGCAUCUACAACGACCUGCUGUUCGCGACCAUCAGCGCCGGCAGCGUGGUGGCGCUGAGCCUCAGCUACGGCAUCCCCAUUUUCCUGCGCAUCUUCCACGACCAGUACUCCUUCCUGCCGGGGCCCUUCAACCUGGGCCGAAUGUCCAAACCACUCGCCGUCGUCGCCUGCAUCUGGAUCCUGCUGACCAGUGUGGUGUUCGUGUUGCCCACCACCUAUCCCAUCACGCCCGGGUCCGCCAACUACACAGCACCGCUCAUCGUGGCGGUGCUGGCGCUGGCCGCGGUGCUGUUCUAUGCGCCCGGCUUCGGCGGCCGGCAAUGGUUCACCGGGCCCGCGCCCAACCUGGAGUAGUGUCAACGCGCGUUGGAGUGAAGGAACGGCCAUCACAAAUUUGCCAUCACAGGUUUAGGCAAGUUAGUAAUCGUAUGAAAUCACGGGUGCGUGACGGCGGGCGUGACAGCGGAGCCGAUGGCGGGGCUGACGGCGCGCGUCGCGGGCGCGGGCGCGUGCCCUUGCAUGGGCGGCUACCGGACGUGCACGCCCACGGCCGGCACAUACCACCCGCCUCAUCAUGUGCCCGGAGCCAACACUUUCCCGCUGCAGCUUCGUGUGUGUGCAGCACAUGCAUUGCGAGAGGUUUACAUGGGGUCAGGGGUAAGUAGAGUGGGCACCCCUGCGCUGAUGCGUGCAUGCCACCUGUCUUUCAAGCGGUCGCCAGUGAAAUUGCCGAAUGCAGAGCAGGGCAAGUACCGUAGUCUAGGAGCGGUAGGAGAAUGACGUAUCCAUGAUGGUGGUGGGUGUGGGGCCAUACGUACGACAACAGUGACAGCAGUCACACCACGAUAUCCAGAGCGUCCUGUCAAUGCAUGGAAGCAUGGGUGGAGUAUGCACGGAAAAAAUACAGCAGGCGGCCAACCGCCGCGUGCCAAGUGCGGUAUGUUGACACGCACUUGCAUGCAGAUUGAGGCGUGCCACAUGCGUACGGCAAGAAAACAAGGUACUUUCUUUGGGCUGUACCUGUAUGCGGUUGCAUUAUUUGCAAAGGAGACGGGUGUGCAUGUGAAGUCAUGCAUGUAUGGAUGGCAAGGCCGCGUUGUACAUGAGAGCUGAGGGUGCGUUUGGGGAGGGAGGGGCGGCGGGCGGAGUUCAUUUCAAUCCCAAAAUAAAUCAUUGCAUCCAGAAACCUAUGGGGGGACAGGGCCACGGGUACCGCCCUCAGAGGCCACUGAAGCCUUCUGGGUUGGUUCUGUUUGUGGCGCCUGCUAUCACAAUGGGUAAUGUGCGUGGUGGUGGCGUGCGGAGAAACCAUUGAACAGGAAGAGAAGGAAGUACGUGGCGACAUGGGUGACACGCCAUUAUGCUGCACGGCAUGUCAGGGACUGUACAAGGGACUUACUUUAUUUGCAUUGACAAAAAAUGUGAUGCAUUUGCAAUGCGUUUGGAUUAUGGUCAGUCGGAGAUUGCGUAGCCCUUGGAAGGGUGUCUGUUGACUUGGGAGGUUCUAUCUUGGGCGGCACAUUCGAGAUUGGUUGUGCCCAGGUGGCCUGCUUGGCUGCUGGUGGUGAAGGGGCCGAGUGGGCGGUUUGGGAACGGCUGCGGAGUCACCAUACGUAGUUGCCGCACACACCCAACCAGUUGACGACUCAAGAUUUCCCAUGAUCAUGGCUGCAUACGGUAUGCAUGACGCAAGGGUGCACUGUGCAUGCAUGGGCGUUACUUUGUCAUAAUGGGCGCCACUUACUUUAUCUUAAUGGAUGCCACUUUGUGUUAAUCAUUGAUUUGCUGGACGGCACUGCGUACUGUGCGUCUGGGGGGGCUUGCCGGGCUUUGCGUCUCCCGUCCAGCAUUUCAGUUUCGAAGCAACACUCUGGCCGUAUCAAUAAUCCCUGCUGCAGCAAGAUGUCCCUGUACUACUUCGUAGCGGCCCAAAGAUCGUGCCAGGAGUCGGUUGGUUGGCGGCAGGCUGAGAAUGCGUGGGGCUGAGGACGAAGUUGCAUGCCCAUGCCGCAUUCAUGUCGCAUUGGAUGUUAGCAUAAAGUGCUGGAUGGAUUAGACGGACGUGCCAGUUGCCUGCAGCCCCUUUCUUCUGGUUUUAUUAUUGCCAAGCUUGAAGCUACACGGCACCAUGCUCGAUAUGCAUUCGGUUUCUCGAAACGUAUGUGGGAUGCGCAAGCUUCUUACGACCAGGGGUGUGCGUUUCUGCACUCCACUUCAAUGAACGCAAUCAUGUGUAAAACAAUCAGAAA